GCGCGACAUGUUCGCCUUUUAGAGCUGAAAAAAUCGGAACGGAUCGAGAGAGCGAGGGUACGUUAGUACGUGGCUACGGAGUAAGAGCCAAAACCCUCAGGCCGUUUUACUUUUACCCGGAUCCCUGCUGCCCUCGCCGCCGCCGCUCUGCCGCCGGCAUGGCUGCUCGUGCUCUGCCUGAGUCGGUCCACCACACCGCCUGCGAUGAGCUCCAGAAGGACGAUCGGAAGGAAGAGAAGGGAAAGCGGAAGCGGGAGCGGGAAGAGGACAUUGGGAUGGAGGCAACGGGGAAGGAGAAGAUGGAGGGGAUGGGGAAGAAGAAGGAGAAGAAUGGGGAAGAAAAGCUGAAGAAGGGCAAGGGAGGCGGGAUUCUGACCAACAGGCUUUUCUCAGAGCUCUGCAUCUCGGAGCUCACUGCCAAGGCCAUCAGAGAGAUGAACUACACCCACCUCACCAAGAUUCAAGCUAGAUCAAUACCGCAUCUGAUGGAAGGAAGUGAUGUGAUGGGUUCAGCAAAGACUGGCUCAGGGAAGACCCUUGCUUUCCUUAUACCAGCCAUUGAGCUGCUCCACAGAUCGCACUUCUUGCCGAGGAACGGAACUGGAGUUGUGGUGGUUUGCCCAACGAGGGAGCUUGCUAUCCAGACACACAAUGUUGCCAAGGAAUUAAUGAAGUAUCACUCGCAAACUCUUGGAUAUGUAAUUGGUGGCACUAAUAUGAGAAGUGAGGCUAACCAGCUCGCAGAAGGGAUCAAUGUCUUAGUUGCCACACCGGGCAUGCUUCUGGACCAUCUGCGAAGUACCAGCAGUUUCAAAUACAAAGAGCUAAAGUGCCUUAUAAUUGAUGAAGCUGAUCGGAUACUUGAGCAAAAUUUCGAGGAGGAUAUGAAACAAAUAUUUAAACGCCUCCCUCGGGAUAGACAAACUGUUCUUUUUUCUGCUACACAGACUCAAAAGGUUCAAGAUUUUGCGAAUUUUACAUUUGGGAAAAAUGAAGAAAGACAACGGAAACUUGUUUAUGUUGGAGUUGAUGAUUCUGAAUUAAAGCCUACUGUUGAGGGCUUGCAGCAGGCCUACUGUGUCAUUCCAAGCGAGAAAAGGUUUCUUGUUCUCUACACUUUCCUAAGAUUGAAAGUUCACAAGGAGCAGAUGGUGGAGGUCCUAAGAGGGGAAGUGGGUGAGGAGCAGAAGGUGAAGAUCAUGGUGUUCUUUUCAUCAUGUAGCUCAGUCAAAUUCCAUGCAGAACUUCUAAAUUUCCUCGGGAUAGAGUGUUACGAGAUCCAUGGGCAACUGAAGCAGCAGAAACGAACUAGUACAUUCUUCCGAUUCCUGAAGGAAGAAAAGGGAAUCUUAUUAUGCCCUAAUGUGGCAGCACGUGGGCUUGAUAUUCCUGAUGUGGACUAUUUGUGCAAUAUGAUCCUCCAGAUGACCCAAAGAGUUGGUCGUACUGCCCGAGGUGAUAAAGGCAAAGGAAAGGCAUUACUGUUCUUACUACCGGAAGAACUAAAGUUGCUCAUACACCUGCAGGCAGCCAAUAUUUGCCUUACUGAAUAUGUGUUCAGGGAAAAGCAUGUGCCAAAAUCGCUAUCACAACUUGAGAAUAUUGUUACUGGGAAUUACUUUCUAAACAAGUCUGCAAAGGAAGCCUACAGGUCCUACCUUCUGGCAUACAACUCACACUCUAUGAAAGACAUUUUUGAUAUCCAUCAACUUGAUCUCAAGAAAGUGGCGGCAUCAUUCUGUUUUAAGGAGCCUCCUAAAGUGAAUUUGAACCUGGAGAGCAGUGCGUCAAAACAUCGAAAGAUGAGGAAAGUGUACGGUGGACAGAGCCAUGGAAUUGGCCCUUCAAACCCCUAUGGAAGGAGAGGCGGAUAUGGUCGCAGCAAAUUUGCAAGAUUCUAAAAGGACAUCAUCUGGGAAAUCAGAUGCUGGAAGCCCCCAUCUUUUAUUUUUUUAUGCUAUAGAUCUCUAAACAUUACUUUUAGGCAGUGUUUGGUUCUCUCUGUAAUGGUAGCAGAAAGUCACGGUAAUGCAAUCCGACAGGGCGAAUACAGGAUUUGUUUCAGAGGACCCGUAUCAGUAUUUUUCUAAGACCAAAGACAGCUCGUCAUAUGUUCUCUGAAUUUUUGUGGCGCCCAAUAAUUCAUCCUGCUGCCUUGUUCA